AUGGACAUGCAAUUGUUUUGGAUAAGUCCAUUAAUAUUUUAUCCGCUCUACAAGAAGCCUAAGCUGGGAUUGAGUAUUCUCUUCGCCGCAAUUAUUACGUCGAUAAUCACACCAGCUGUCGUAGUGGCAGUAAAUAAGUUCACUAUCGCUUGGACACUUGCUGGUGAAUAUGAUGCUUUAUUUCUACCUCGUUACUUACACACAUGUCGGUCCGUGGUUGCUGGGAGUCCUGGUAAGAUAUCUUCUGGCUGCCGAUCGAAGAAUCCCACCCCUCGAGUUAGGAAAGUGGGGUGGAUUUUAACCAUUUCAGCUUUUGUGUUCUCGAUUUUUACGUUAAGGAUCUACCAGAGUGAAGACUACCGCUGGAAUAUUUACUGGGAAACCUUCUAUGGUGGAUUGUCACAGCAUAUUUGGGCGUUUGGAGUCUGCUGGAUUAUCUAUGUAUCUGUCUUAGGUCAUGGAGGAUUUAUAGCCAAAUUUCUGUCAUUACCGAUCUACACCCCAUUCAGUAGGAUGUCAUACUCGAUUUUCUUAAUCCACUACGAAAUUCAAACGAUUAAAAGAGCUUUUUCCAGAGUUCCUACUUACUUUAACGAUGCACAAAUGAUGCAUCAAUUUUUCGGUGAACUAGUGAUUUACAUCCUAGGCGGAUUCGUAUUCAGUCUUGUGUUUGAGUCACCAUUCUUGGUUCUUGAAAAAUUGAUUCUCGCUAAUAAAUCCACGAUAAAUCAAUCUGAAACGGUUGUAAAGGGGAAUAAAUCUAAAAAGUUGAAGAAAAUAGAAAUUACUAUUGAAAAUGGAGUUGCUGAUAACGGUUUCAAUGGAAAGUUUGAGUAA